AUGUCUUCAUUCAACUCACUUACCUCAAUUUUGCACCAAAACAAGCUAGAAGGACCAGAUUAUGUUGACUGGAAAAGGAACCUUGAUAUUGUCCUAACUGCCGAAGGUUACAAAUUUGUAAUCUCUGAGGAGUGCCCAGAAAAACCUGAAAAUGCUACGGAUGAUCAGCAUCAGCAUCAGUCCAUAGGGUCUGCUUAUGAUAUGCUCGAAAGGCUCAAAGAGAUGUUCGGUGAGCAAAAUCGGGCAGCUAAGCAGACAGCCAUGAAAGCCCUUUUGAACACGAAAAUGGCUGAAGGAUCAUCGGUCCUUGGAGCUGUGAUUGAUAAGGAGUCUCAAGUUGAGAUGGUCCUGCAGACUCUGCCUGACAGUUUUCAACAGUUUCGCUUGAACUAUAAUAUGAACAAAAUGGAUUUGUCACUAGCGAAAUUGUUGAAUGAGCUGCAAGUGGCAGAAUCUAUUAUCAAACAACAAGCUCCAGUUGUGGCACUAAAUGUUUCGAAACCUUCAAUUUCUAAGUCGAAAGGCAAAAAGAAAAAGAAGAAGGCUCAAAAGGUUCUGGCACCUGGUAGUGCGGCUGGUGUGAACAAGCCCAAAGAUGCGAAAAUGAGCGCAUUAGUGAAAACCGCAAAUGCGGUGCAUUUGACCGCAGAAGCGAUAUCACAGAAGUGGCGGAAGGGCCGCAGGUGCGAAAAUCUUGGGCCAGAAACUAUAUAA